CCGGCUCAUCGGCAUGGAGACGCAGGAACUUCGGGGGCCCUUGGCUCUUCUCCUCCUCUGCUCCUUUGCCUCUGCUAGUCAGGACCUUCAGGUGAUUGACUUGCUGACUAUGGGUGAGUCUCGGCAGAUGGUAGCCAUGGCAGAAAAAAUCCGGACAGCUCUACUGACAGCUGGGGAUAUCUACCUCCUGUCCACCUUCCGACUGCCUCCCAAACAGGGUGGUGUUCUCUUUGGCCUCUACUCUCGCCGUGACAACACUCGUUGGCUGGAAGCCUCUAUCGUGGGCAAGAUCAACAAAGUGUUGGUUCGGUACCAGCGGGAAGAUGGGAAAGUACAUGCAGUGAACCUACAGCAAGUAGGCCUAGCAGAUGGACGUACCCACACUGCCCUGUUGCGCCUCCGUGGUCCUUCCCGGCCUAAUCCUGCUCUACAGCUCUAUGUGGAUUGUAAGCUAGGUGACCAGCAUGCUGGGCUCCCCCCAUUGGCCCCUAUCCCUCCUGCUGAAGUAGAUGGACUAGAGGUUCGGACUGGCCAGAAGGCUUAUAUGAGAAUGCAGGGCUUCAUAGAGUCCAUGAAAAUGAUUCUGGGGGGAUCAAUGGCCCGAGUUGGGGCACUGAGUGAAUGUCCAUUCCAAGGAGAUGAGGAAUCCAUUCAUAAUGCAGUGACCGGAGUACUUCAUUCUAUCCUAGGUGAACAGACAAAGGCACUAGUCACCCAACUUACCCUUUUCAACCAGAUCCUGGUAGAGCUUCGAGAGGACAUCCGAGACCAGGUUAAGGAGAUGUCCUUGAUCAGAAACACCAUUAUGGAGUGUCAGGUGUGCGGCUUCCACGAGCAACGUUCCCACUGUAGCCCAAGUCCCUGUUUCCGUGGUGUGGACUGUAUGGAAGUCUACGAGUACCCAGGCUACAGAUGUGGGCCUUGCCCUCCUGGUCUUCAGGGCAAUGGCACUCACUGUACUGACAUAAAUGAGUGUGCCCAUGCAGAUCCCUGCUUUCCAGGCUCCAAAUGUAUCAACACCAUGCCAGGAUUUCACUGUGAGACCUGUCCUCAAGGGUACAAAGGGACCCAGGUGUCUGGUGUGGGUAUCGACUAUGCUCGUGCCAGCAAACAGGUCUGCAAUGAUGUGGAUGAAUGCAAUGAUGGCAACAAUGGUGGCUGUGACCCCAAUUCUAUCUGCACAAAUACUGUGGGUUCCUUCAAGUGUGGUCCAUGCCGUUCAGGUUUCCUGGGUAACCAGAGCCAAGGUUGUCUUCCAGCCCGGGCCUGUCAAAGCCCAGCACACAACCCCUGCCAUGUCCAUGCUCACUGUCUGUUCGAGCGAAAUGGUGCUGUGUCUUGCUCGUGCAACAUAGGAUGGGCAGGGAAUGGGAAUGUCUGUGGCCCUGACACUGACAUUGAUGGCUACCCAGACCAGGCCCUGCCCUGCAUGGAUAACAACAAGCAUUGCAAACAGGACAAUUGCCUCUUGACACCCAAUUCUGGGCAGGAGGAUGCCGACAAUGAUGGAGUGGGUGACCAGUGUGAUGAUGAUGCUGAUGGCGAUGGGAUCAAGAAUGUGGAGGAUAACUGCCGGCUGUUUCCCAACAAAGACCAGCAGAACUCAGACACAGAUUCAUUUGGUGAUGCCUGUGACAAUUGUCCCAAUGUACCUAACAAUGACCAGAAGGACACAGACAGCAACGGGGAAGGGGAUGCUUGUGACAACGAUGUGGAUGGGGAUGGAAUCCCUAACGGGCUGGACAACUGCCCAAAGGUCCCUAACCCCCUGCAGACGGAUCGGGAUGAGGAUGGGGUGGGGGAUGCUUGUGAUAGCUGCCCAGAAAUGAGUAAUCCUACGCAGACAGAUGCAGACAGUGACCUGGUAGGGGACGUCUGUGACACGAACGAAGACAGUGAUGGUGAUGGACACCAGGACACCAAGGACAAUUGCCCCCAGCUACCCAACAGCUCCCAGCUUGAUUCAGAUAACGAUGGGCAGGGUGAUGAGUGUGAUGGAGAUGAUGACAAUGAUGGGAUCCCAGACUAUGUGCCCCCUGGUCCUGAUAACUGUAGGCUGGUGCCUAACCCUAACCAGAAGGACUCAGAUGGCAAUGGUGUGGGGGACGUGUGUGAGGAUGACUUUGACAACGAUGCGGUGGCUGAUCCCCUUGAUGUGUGUCCUGAGAGUGCUGAAGUAACACUAACUGACUUCCGGGCUUAUCAGACUGUAGUCCUGGAUCCUGAGGGGGAUGCCCAGAUUGACCCAAAUUGGGUUGUACUCAACCAGGGUAUGGAAAUUGUUCAGACUAUGAACAGUGACCCUGGCCUGGCUGUGGGAUACACAGCCUUCAAUGGUGUAGACUUCGAGGGCACCUUCCAUGUGAACACAGUGACAGAUGAUGAUUACGCUGGUUUUCUCUUCAGCUACCAAGAUAGUGGCCGAUUCUACGUAGUCAUGUGGAAACAGACAGAGCAAACUUACUGGCAGGCAACACCCUUCCGUGCUGUGGCCCAACCUGGCCUGCAGCUCAAGGCAGUAAAGUCAGUGUCUGGUCCAGGCGAGCACCUCCGAAAUGCCCUGUGGCACACAGGCCAUACACCAGAGCAAGUUCGCCUACUGUGGACAGAUCCACGAAAUGUGGGCUGGCAGGACAAGACUUCGUACCGCUGGCAGCUGCUUCACAGGCCUCAAGUUGGAUACAUCCGGGUGAAACUCUAUGAGGGUCCCCAGCUGGUGGCAGAUUCUGGGGUGAUCAUUGAUACAUCCAUGCGGGGGGGUCGCCUGGGCGUCUUUUGCUUCUCCCAAGAAAACAUCAUCUGGUCUAAUCUACAGUAUCGGUGCAAUGGUGAGGUCCUGAGAGCUGGGGAAGGGUCAUUGGGAUUCAAGACCAUCCCCACCUGCCCCUGGUACCGUUCAGCCCAUACAUUACCCAGAUUUAAAGCUAAAAGGGAGCAGAGAACAAGAGUGGGUCCCCAGAAUUGGGAAAAGGGGGAGGGGUUUUGAGUCUCAGCUUCUUUCAGUCUUUCCCUGGGAGAAGGGGAUGGUAGUUUAUUGUAGGGUGCCUCUCCAUCUUUGGCUCCUCUCUCAGUCGUGGGAUGGGUCAUAUGAUUUCUCUGACUUCCCUCAUCCCUCCUGCUUUCAACCC